GAUUAUUUUGUGUGUGUCUGCGUGUUUCUGUAGGUGUGUCAUGCUGAGCUUCAGCUGGCCUUGUGCUUCCAGCCAGUGAGUAGUCGAAUGCAACUCCAGAUCCUCAGUGCUCAAAACCUUCCAUCAUCUUCCUCACCACUUACACAGAGAUUCUUUGUGAAGGUUGAGUUGUUGAGUGAGGGUAAGGUCUUACUGAAGAGGAAGACGAAGGUGAUGAAGUCAUCAGAGGGGCAGAUCCAAUGGGGGGAAGUGCUUCACUUGCCCAUCACCAAUCAAGACCAGAAUCUGCAGCUGGCAGUCAAACUCUACGGUCGUGGCUCUGUUCGGAGAAAACACCUGCUUGGACAGGUCCUCUUGGGUUUCGACAGCAGUUCUACUGAGGCAGUGGAACAAUGGAGGGACUCCAUGGCUAAUCCUGAAAAAGUGGUGACGUCUUGGCACAGAGUUAGUCGACUCUGAAGUGAGAGGAUGAAGAAAGAGAUUUUUUUAGCCAAGUGGA